AUGGAGAGUGUGGCAGAAGAGGAGUUUUGUUUCCCACACCUGAACAGCUCAUGCAGGAGACCCAACAGUCACUCCCAGAGCCAGGCUGCCAUCAUCUACACACUGCUGUAUAUCACCGCUUUGGUCACCACCGUGCUCAACCUGCUAGUCAUCAUCGCCAUCUCACACUUCAGGCAGCUCCACUCUUCCACCAACUUCAUCCUCCUCUCCCUGGCUGUAUCCGACUUCCUUGUGGGAAUCGUGGUCUUUCCCGUGGAGAGCCUGAUGUCCCGAACGUGUUGGACCCUAGGCGAUGUCAUUUGCGUGGCAUACUAUGCAAUUCCUGUUACCUUGGUAUCCGCCUCUGUCGGAAACAUGGUUCUGAUUUCCGUGGACCGCUACAUAGCCAUUUGUGACCCCUUGCAUUACCAAACCAGAAUGACCAUAAAAAUCAUUGGUAUUAGCAUCAGCAUCUGUUGGCUAGGCUCUCUUCUGUAUACUUUCUGCCUUAUGUAUGAAAACUUUGUCGAACCGGGCAGGCACACGUCUUGCCGCGGCGAAUGUGUUAUCAGUGUUUCCGGAGAAGCUGAUUUGGUUAUUGUUUUUAUCAUCCCGGUUGGCAUCAUCAUAGUGCUGUAUUUGAGAGUAUUUGUGGUAGCCGUCACGCAAGCCCGGGCCAUGCGUUGUCACAUUAGCAGCCACCAGAAUGUGGUCACCAUUGCAGCGCAGAAAUCGGAAAUUAAAGCAGCCAGGAACUUGGGUGUGGUGGUAGUUGUUUUUCUCAUCUGCUACUCACCGUACUAUUGCAUCUCUUUAACUGGGGGGAACCUUCUGAUAGGGUCGCCAACAGAAAUGUUAAUGAGUUUUUGGAUGUAUUGUAACUCGACUCUUAAUCCAGUUAUAUACUCUUUGUUUUAUCCAUGGUUUCGGAAAGCUAUCAAACUCAUUGUGACUCUGCAGAUUUUCAAGCCAGGGUCAUGUGAUGCAAAUAUAUUAUAA